AUUUCACUAAGCGACUGACAUUUUGUUUUGCUUCCUUCUUGCGAAGUUCCUCUUGUUUAUAAUUUUCAAAUUUAUUUCUGGAAAACAGUAUUGUGAUCUGUAAUCAUGUCUAAUGAUUAUGGGUUUAACAGUGAUGAUUCGCCUAAUAAAUCAAACACACAUCUACAAUUGCCGAGUCCUAUAAUUACGCGGCGGAACCGAACAGCGUCGACGUCAGAAAGAGCCUUAGGAAAUCCUAUAGAAAGUGGAAAAAUCAAGUCUUUCUGCCGAGCAAAAGGACAUGGAUUUGUUACCCCAGAAAGAGGUGGCGAAGAUAUAUUUGUCCACAUCUCCGAUAUUGAAGGUGAAUAUGUUCCAUUGCCUGGUGAUGAAGUAAUAUACCGACUCUGUCCAAUUCCCCCCAAGUUUGAGAAGAACCAAGCUGUCCAUGUCCGUAUUGUCCACCUCACGCCUGAGAAGCACGUCAAGUGGGAUGAGCCCCCACUGUAAACUGAUCCCUCUGCCACUCUUACCUCAAAUUCUUGAAUAUCAUUUGCAAGGUCCACUUGCUCCCUAAAUCUCUCUGUAGUGUCAUAUCUUACCUGUCGUCUCUCGCCAUAUUGAUGUGUGUUACGCAUGUUGUAUUUUUACUUUCUAUAAUUGUAUUACUAUUACUCUAUAUGUACACUAUAUUUAUAUAUAAGUAUUGUGUCCUGUUAAGUGAAUAUCAGCAGAAUCGAAUGCAACUUCGUCAAUUCUACACGUCUGUAUCACAAUCAAUCUAUUGAACUGAAUCAAAAUCAACUAAUUCUACUCAAAAUCUGCUCAUUUAUUUUUAAACAUUGCCAUGAAAUGACCAAGGUUGUAUUAUUCGCGUUUGUAUAUUAUGUGCAAAUCGAAUUCAAUAUUUAAAUAUAGUGAGAAGCCAACAUGUGGUGCUAAAUUUUCGAAGGUUUUACCAUCGUCUUAAGAUUUUGAUAACAGAUGUAUUUCACACAGUGAAUGGAUAAUGGCUUCUUGCACCAAAAUGUAGUUUAACAGUUGUAUGAUAGAGGUUAUGAUUGAAUCAUCGACAUAAUUGGCCUAAUUUUAAUAUCUCGCGUAUUUUUCUGUACUUAAGCAUCAUUGUAUUGAGUAUAUAAUUAAUGAUAGUAUGUAACAUUGCACAAAUACAAAGUGCCACUGGUUAGUGAUGUGUGCGAUCUAUGUGUAGGAUUGUUUUGUUUAACACAUUGUUGGAUUAUGCUUAAUCUCAUUUUGAUUCUUCUCUCUUUUUAUUAUAAUUUUAUUUGUAUGUUAUUGUAUUUAAGUGCAAAAAUGUUGCAACUACCAUUCCAUGAACUAAAGUAUUCUCCUUGUGUUGGGUAAAUCUGUUUUAUUUUAUUUGUGGUAUAAUUAAUUUUAUUCUAUUUUGUAUCUGUGUUGUCACAAGCCUAUUGCAGGAAGUAUUUUAUGAAACUGUAAUCGACGUGUUGCCAUGCUUUUUGUGUUUAGUUUAUAGCAGUAUUAGAUAAUAUACAGCGAAUAUAUGGAAUUAUGUGGAAGCAG